AUGCUGCCAGCCACAUCCAAGCUCUGCGCUGCCAUCUCCUACCGCCACCUGCGCAACAUGACUGGGCUGAGGAGACAAGCUGCUGUGGCCAUCAGCCAGGAGCUGAGCAGGCUGGCGAGCCACAGCCCGGGACCCAGCGCCUGGAUCCACCAGGUGCGCAGGAGAAGCUCCUUGCUCAGCUCAAGGCUGGAGGAGAAGCCCUUCAGCGAGAUGGAAAUGUCUUACAUCAAGCAAGGAGAGGAAGCCCUGCAGAAAUCCCUCAGGAUCCUGGAGGACCAGGACGACUGGAAGACAGAGACGGUGGCGGUGGGUGCUCUGGGUAACGGAGACAAAGUGCUGAGCAAGGUGCUGCCGGACGUGGGGAAGGUGUUCCGGCUGGAGGUGGUGGUGGACCAGCCCCUGGACACGGUGUACGGAGAGCUGGUGGACAACAUGGAGCAGAUGGGAGACUGGAACCACGUCAAGGAAGUCAGGAUUCUGGAGAAGAUUGGGAAGGACACGGUGAUCACCCACGAGAAGGCGGCCGCCACCCCCGGGAACAUCGUUGGGCCUCGGGACUUUGUGAGCGUGCGGUGCGCCAAGAGACGCGGAUCCACCUGCGUGCUGGCCGGGAUGUCCACGACCUACGGGGCCAUGCCCGAGCAGGAGGGCUUCAUCAGGGCUGAGAACGGUCCCACCUGCAUGGUCCUGCGCCCGCUGCCCGGCAGCCCCUCCCAGACCCGGCUCACCUGGCUGCUCAGCAUCGACCUCAAGGGCUGGCUGCCCAAGACCAUCAUCAACCAGGUGCUGUCCCAGACACAGGUGGACUUUGCCAAGCACCUCCGGCAGCGCCUGGCCCGGCCACUGCCCGUGACCUGCUGA